UAGCAUCACGGCAGCAGGCUUCUGCAAAGUUUGGAGUUAUUCGUGUCACCACAACUGUAUGCCUGCUUAAAGGUGGUUUAAAGACAGGGGCUCUGCGGCACAAGGAGUCUGCAUGUCUGUUUAGACAUGCUCAGCUUUGUGGAUACUCGGAUUCUGUUGCUGCUUGCAGUAACAUUAUAUCUAACAUCAUGCCAAUCGGGUCCCAGAGGAGACAAAGGACCUCGAGGUGACAGGGGCUUACCUGGCCCUAAUGGAAAAGAUGGCAAACCCGGACUCCCUGGCCCCCCUGGCCCCCCUGGCCCCCCUGGACUCGGAGGAAACUUUGCUGCUCAAUAUGAUGGUGCCAAAGCCCCCGAUCCUGGACCCGGACCCCCAGGACUGAUGGGACCCAGAGGUCCCCCUGGAAUGCCUGGACCCCAGGGACCUCAAGGACAGACUGGACACUCUGGUGAACCCGGACAGCCUGGACACGAUGGCCCCGUUGGAGCCCGUGGACCCCCUGGACCACCUGGCAAAUCUGGAGAAGAUGGAAACAAUGGCAGACCUGGCAAGCCCGGAGACAGAGGUGCCGCCGGCCCUCAGGGUGCUCGUGGAUUCCCAGGAACUCCUGGACUUCCAGGGAUGAAGGGACACAGAGGUUACACUGGUAUUGAUGGACGUAAGGGAGAACCCGGCUCUGCUGGCGCCAAGGGUGAGUCUGGUGCCUCUGGAUCUCCUGGAAGUCCUGGACUGGCCGGACAACGUGGUCAGCCUGGUGAGAGAGGUCGCCCCGGCCCUGCUGGUCCUUCUGGUGCUCGUGGUUCUGAUGGCAAUGUUGGACCUGCUGGCCCAGCUGGUCCUUUGGGUGCUGCUGGCCCCCCAGGCUUCCCAGGCGGUCCUGGAACCAAGGGAGAGGUUGGAGCUGCUGGAGGCACUGGCCCAUCUGGACCUCAGGGAUCCAGAGGAGAGCCCGGACCCAAUGGUGUUGUUGGCCCAAUUGGUCCCCCUGGCAACCCUGGUACUAAUGGUCUGAAUGGAGCCAAGGGAGCUGCUGGAACCCCCGGUGUUGCUGGAGCUCCUGGUUUCCCCGGACCAAGAGGAGGACCCGGACCUCAGGGACCUCAGGGUGCUGCUGGACCAAGAGGACUUUCUGGUGAUCCCGGUCCUCAGGGUGUCAAGGGAGACACUGGUGGCAAAGGAGAGCCUGGUAACGCUGGCCCUCAGGGACCUCCCGGAACUCAAGGUGAGGAGGGCAAGAGAGGACCCACUGGUGAGAUUGGUGCUAAUGGGCCUGCUGGCAGCCGUGGUGCUAGAGGUGCUCCCGGAAGCCGUGGUCUGCCUGGUUCCGACGGAAGAACUGGCCCAAUUGGUAUGCCUGGUGCCCGUGGUGCUACUGGUGCUGCUGGACCUCGUGGACCCCCUGGAGAUGCCGGUCGUGCUGGCGAGCCUGGCCCUGCUGGUCUCAGAGGUCUCCCAGGAAGCCCUGGAAGCUCUGGACCCCCAGGAAAGGAGGGACCUUCUGGUCCUGCUGGACAAGAUGGCCGUUCUGGACCUCCUGGCCCAACUGGACCUAGAGGCCAGCCCGGAAACAUUGGUUUCCCUGGACCCAAAGGACCCUCUGGAGAGCCUGGCAAACCUGGAGAGAAGGGACCCAGUGGCCCCACUGGACUGAGAGGACCCCCUGGACCUGAUGGCAACAACGGAGCCACUGGCCCCAUGGGAGUUACUGGCAGUCCCGGUGAGAAGGGAGAGCAGGGACCAGCUGGAGCUCCUGGCUUCCAGGGUCUGCCUGGACCUGCUGGAUCUGUCGGUGAGGCUGGCAAGCCUGGAGAGAGAGGUAUCCCAGGAGAGCAGGGAGCCGCUGGACCAGCUGGUGGCAAGGGAGAGCGUGGUAACCCAGGUGCUGCUGGAGCUUCUGGAGCUCAGGGACCAAUUGGACCCCGUGGACCAGCUGGAGCCCCCGGACCUGAUGGUGGCAAGGGAGAGCCAGGAGCUGCUGGAGCUGCUGGGGCUGCCGGACAUCAAGGAUCUGCUGGAAUCCCUGGAGAGCGUGGCGUAGCCGGUGCUCCAGGAGGCAAGGGAGAGAAGGGAGAGACCGGACACAGAGGCCCUGAUGGAAAUCCUGGCAGAGAUGGCGCUCGUGGCCCUGCUGGACCUCCUGGCCCUCCUGGACCCACUGGAGCCAACGGUGAUAAGGGUGAAGUUGGUUCCUUUGGACCUUCUGGCCCUGCUGGACCUCGUGGACCCUCUGGUGAGCGUGGAGAGGUUGGACCUGCCGGAGCCCCCGGAUUUGCUGGACCCCCUGGUCUCGAUGGUCAGUCCGGAGCCAGAGGAGAGCGUGGACCCGCCGGAGCUAAGGGAGAGGCUGGAUCCGCUGGCCCUGCUGGACCCGCUGGACAGUCUGGACCUGCUGGCCCCUCUGGCCCUGCUGGACCUCCUGGCGCUCGUGGAGAAACUGGUCCUCCAGGUCUGACCGGUUUGCCUGGUGCUGCUGGCAGAGUUGGUGCUCCCGGCCCUGCUGGUAUUGUGGGACCUCCUGGCCCCUCCGGUAACGCUGGCAAAGACGGACCUCGUGGUCUCCGUGGCGACCCUGGUCCUGCUGGUCCUUCUGGUGAGCAGGGAAUGGUUGGACCACCCGGUCCUCCCGGAGAGAAGGGACCCUCCGGAGAGUCUGGUCCCGCUGGAAUUCCUGGUGCUCCUGGACCCACUGGACCUCUGGGAAUUACAGGAUUCGUUGGUCUGCCUGGUGCUAGAGGAGAUCGUGGUUUACCUGGUGGUCCUGGUCCUGCGGGAGAGCCUGGCAGACCUGGACCUCCCGGUCCAUCUGGAGCCCGUGGUCCCCCUGGUAACAUUGGCAUGCCUGGUAUGACCGGACCUCAAGGAGAGGCUGGACGCGAGGGUAGCCCUGGUAACGAUGGACCCCCUGGUCGUCCCGGUGCUUCUGGAUUCAAGGGAGACCGCGGUGAGCCUGGAUCUCCUGGUGCCUUGGGACUUGCUGGUGCUCCCGGACCUGCCGGACCAACUGGAGCUGCUGGCAGACCUGGAAACCGUGGAGAGGCUGGCCCAUCAGGUCCUUCUGGACCCGCUGGACCCGCUGGAGCCAGAGGCGCCCCAGGACCUGCCGGACCCCGUGGUGAGAAGGGAGUUGCUGGAGACAAGGGAGACAGAGGCAUGAAGGGUCUUCGUGGACAUCCUGGUCUCCAGGGAAUGCCUGGACCUUCUGGACCUCCUGGUGAGAGCGGUCCUGCUGGAGCCCUUGGACAUGCUGGACCUAGAGGACCUGCUGGACCCAAUGGACCCCCUGGUAAAGAUGGUAGAGCUGGCACACAUGGUCCUAUGGGUCCUCCUGGUUCCCGUGGACCUCCUGGAUAUGUUGGACCAGUUGGCCCUCCUGGAUCUCCUGGUCUGCCUGGACCUCCUGGCCCAUCUGGUGGCGGAUACGACGUCUCCGGAUACGACGAAUACAGAGCUGAUCAGCCAGCUCUCAGAGCCAAGGACUACGAAGUCGAUGCCACCAUCAAGUCUCUCAACACCCAGAUUGACAACCUGCUUACCCCCGAGGGAUCCAGAAAGAACCCUGCCCGCACCUGCCGUGACAUCAAGCUCAGCCACCCCGACUGGAGCAGCGGAUUCUACUGGAUCGACCCCAACCAGGGCUGCAUCAAUGAUGCCAUCAAGGUCUUCUGCGACUUUACCACCCGCGAGACCUGCAUCUAUGCCCACCCAGAGAGCAUUGCACGCAAGAACUGGUACAGAAGCACAGAAAACAGGAAGCACGUGUGGUUCGGAGAGACCAUCAACGGCGGCACCGAGUUCACCUACAACGACGAGACCCUCAGCCCACAGAGCAUGGCCACGCAGCUGGCUUUCAUGCGCCUGCUUUCCAACCAGGCUAGCCAGAACAUCACCUACCACUGCAAGAACAGCAUUGCCUACAUGGAUGGUGAGAGCGGCAACCUGAAGAAGGCCGUUGUGCUCCAGGGCUCCAACGAUGUGGAGCUCAGGGCCGAGGGCAACAGCCGCUUCACCUUCUCCGUGCUGGAGGAUGGCUGCACUACACACACUGGUGAGUGGAGCAAGACAGUGAUUGAGUACAGAACAAAUAAACCAACUCGCCUCCCCAUCCUCGACAUUGCACCUUUGGACAUUGGUGGACCUGAUCAGGAGUUUGGUUUGGACAUUGGCCCAGUCUGUUUCAAAUAAAUAGACUCAUGAUAAAUUAACACCAAAAAGAGAGAAAGAACGAAAAAAAAAAAGAAAUCUCUGCCCUUCUCUGUUUUUUUUUUUUUGUACUGAAUGCUGACUUCUCUCUGCACAUCCACUUGCUUAAGAUGGGCAACUAUCGGAGAGGACCGAACGGACUGAACGGAGAUUUUGUGCAAUGCAAAUUAAUACAGCCAAACCCAAAGGGACGCGGGGAAACACCUUGUUGUGGAACAUCAUGGCAUCUUUUUUUGUAAAAAAUAAAAGAAGUGUAAUAAAAAUGCUGAAAGUAUGCAU